CGCAGGGUGAAAAAAAUGAUAAUCUACCUAUCAGUGGCUCUGCGCGUUUGUGAGCGCAAUCUGCCUAUUGUCUGUGGCGGAGCAGGGUGUGUACCGACGGAGACGGAGAUGGGCGAUGUUCGCUGUCUGUGAAGCUCAACGCAUGGAGCGGAAUGUUACGAUAGAGCACCACCUUGGGCGUUGGACCAAGAUGUACACCGCUAGGACAAUAUUAAUAUGAUUGGAUAUGCAUUCGCCUGUUUUAGUAGUUUCAUAGAUACGUGCGUAGCCUAUUUUUUGACUGAUCGUUGCGCUUUUAUUUCCCCUUACGUUUAUAUAAAACACAGCAGAAGAUUUAAGGCGCAAAAGCUUUAUCAUCAGAAGGAUGAUGAGGAGAAACAGCCCGUUGCGACCACGGCCACGGUCCAUGUCGAUGGGGAAAAAAACAGAGGCAGUGAGGGUGGUGGUGCGGUGCCGCCCAUUGAACAAGAAAGAAGAAGCGAUGAAUCACGAAAGAAUUGUUGAAGUAGACGUCAGACGGGGACAGGUGAGCGUCCGUAAUCCCAAAACAUCUGCAACCCUCAUGAAAAUAUUCACGUUUGAUGCUGUAUAUGACACCAGCUCCAAACAAAACGAGCUGUUUAAUUAUGCGUGUAAACCACUUAUUGACUCUGUUUUGCUUGGGUUUAACGGAACUAUAUUUGCUUACGGUCAAACUGGCACUGGCAAAACAUAUACAAUGGAAGGUGUGCCCACAGACCCUGAGAAACAGGGAGUCAUCCCAAAUUCGUUCCAGCAGAUUUUCACUCAUAUAUCCAGAUCUCAGAAUCAACAGUACCUUGUGAGAGUCUCUUAUAUUGAGAUAUACCAAGAAGAGAUACGAGAUCUCCUGUGCAAGGAUAACAAUAAAAAACUGGAACUCAAGGAGAAUCCAGAGUUGGGUGUGUAUGUCAAAGAUCUAUCAUCCGUGGUGACUAAAAACAUAAAGGAAAUUGAACAUGUCAUGAACUUGGGAAACCAGUCAAGGUCUGUUGGAUACACCAAAAUGAACGAUCGUAGUUCAAGAUCACAUGCGAUUUUCAUCAUCACUAUCGAAUGCAGUGAGAUGGGCAUCGAUGGUGAGGAUCACAUUCGUGUUGGAAAGUUAAACAUGGUGGAUCUGGCAGGCAGCGAGCGCCAAAGCAAGACAGGAGUGGAGGGACAGAGGUUUAAAGAAGCUACAAAAAUAAACUUGUCUCUUUCGGCCCUCGGAAACGUCAUCUCGGCCUUGGUGGAUGGGAAGAGUACUCACGUUCCUUACCGGGACUCCAAACUCACUCGCCUGUUGCAGGACUCCCUUGGAGGCAACUCCAAAACGGUCAUGGUAGCCACAAUCGGACCAUCUUCAUGCCACUAUGAUGAAACUCUUACCACGAUGAGGUACGCCAACAGAGCGAAGAACAUUAAGAACAAGCCAAAGAUCAACGAGGACCCCAAAGAUGCACUGCUGCGCGAGUUCCAGGAUGAAAUAGCUCGCCUGAAGGUGCAGCUUGAGGAACGAGGGAUGCUGGCCAAAGAACGGAGAAGACGGAGGAGAAAUAGUAUGCGGAUGAAGAGAAGUUUGAGUACUGGGGAGGUGGAAACUCAGAUGGAUGGAGAUGUGGGGAUUGUGGAGAAAGUACGAGAAGAAAGUGUGGAGGAAUACUGGUGGAAGCAGCAGAUGGGCUCGGCCAAUUACACGCCAGAUUUCAGCAGGAAACUCGGCACAUUAGAUGAGAAAACAAAAACUGUGGAAGAGCUGAUGAAAGAGCAACAAGCUAUGGAAAACAUGAUUGAAAAGUACAAGGCUAUGGAAAGUAAGCUUCUGGUUGGAGGGAAAACCAUCAUUGAUCACACCAACGAACAGCAGAGAAAGCUGGAAUUGAAGAGGCAGGAGAUUGCUGAGCAGGAGAGAAUGGAACGAGAUAUGCAGCAGCUGAUGUUUGAACAAGAUGAAGAGACAAUCGAACUGAAAGAGACGUUCUCCACUCUACAGCAAGAGGUGGAUUUAAAGACCAAGAAACUUAGAAAGCUUUACAGUAAGCUGCAGUUGGUGAGGUCUGAGAUUGGGGAUAUCAUCAAUGAGCAUGUAACAAUGAGGCAAGAACUAGAGCAAACCGUGAAUGAGUUGACAAGAGAGAUGAAAUUCAAAAAUCUGAUAAUUGAGAACUUCAUUCCUCCUGAGGAAAAGAAUAAGAUCAUGAAUCGUCUCCACUUUGACAGCGAGGAAGACCAGUGGAAAAUCUUACCACUUCUCCCCUCUGAAAAUAACUCGCCUCUUAUCAGACGAAGACCAACUUCAGUUGUAGGAUACAAGAGACCAAUUAGUCAGUAUGCACAAGUUGCCGUGGCAACCGGGUCUCCUGCUAGAUACAGGGCUGAGAACGUUAUGCUUCUGGAACUGGACAUUUCACCACCCACCAUGGUUCCGUUGGACCUUCAGAGGUCAGAGAUAAGGACACAAGACUUGAUACGUGACUUUGGCCAUUAUAGAAAGAGGACUACUGCAUCACGUGUCAUGAAAGCUAGGUCAUGGUACCAAGGGCCAAGUCAAUCUGCUUCAUCAACCAGCUCUUUGACCACUGGUACUCAAUGCCCAGCAUCUGCAAUGGGAGCUUGCGCGGCAACCCAUGAACAUUGAACCUGUACAGUUUAGUAAUCAGCCGAGAAAUAGAAGUAUAGAAAGCACCGUUCUUUAUCUUUUGCUAUUUCACGAGCUUUAAGCAAGGCCAUUUGUCUUUUCUAAUCAUGUUGAUUUUUUUAGAAUCAAAGCUUUGGAUUUGCAAUUUUAAGCACAAUUGUGUCCUGUAUACUUGAAAAAGCUAGUGUAUGCUGAUAUAGUUUGUGAUGUCAAUCUUGAACGGAAAUGCAAACAAUAAAUGUAUGUAAAGAAAUGAACUCUCUCGGUGUAUAACAAGCACGCAUGCAUUAUGUGGGUGUUUUCUCUAUAAACCGCAUGCUUCAUUUAAAUUCAUGAUCAACUUUCCAGCGCUCUAAAGCAUGAGGUACAAUAUAUAACACUACAUAAAAUGCAUAGCAUUGGAAAAAUGGCAUAGCAUCUAUAGGCAGCUUUAGACUUUUCCUCAUUCUUUUCCAUAUAUGUAAUUAAUAUGCAACUUCAAGGUCAUGUUUACCUGGAUUUAUACUGUAUAUAUAUUCUUACCAAUUAACCCAUGACUAGCAUAACGAUGUUAUCUUGUUUUUAUUUAGCCACUGUUAAACGUCUUAAAUUGUAAUGUUAACUGAUAAGCAUAAAGACAUGGUAUCAUGUGUAUUAUGUAUGUGCUUUUGUGUUUCGAGUACAGUGAAUAAGUUGAAACGUUUAUACAAAUAAAAAAACAAUAGCGAGA